AUGCGGUUAACAGGGGCUACGAGGGAGCUCCGAACCGGCCGCACGACCGUCGUUUCUAUCCUCCAGUCGCAGCGGCGCGCCUAUAAUCUCGCGGUAGUCGGAGGCGGUAUCACCGGCCUCACGUCCGCGUGGUUAGCAUCACACAACCCGAACUGCACCAGCGUCACAAUCCUCGAGAAAGAGUCACGAGUCGGCGGAUGGCUUCAGUCCGAGAAGAUUCCUGUCGAUGGCGGCCAUGUCCUGUUCGAGUAUGGCCCGCGCACCUUGCGAAGCUCGUUCCCGGGCUCAAUGCCUCUGCUCACCAUGAUGUGGGACCUGAAAAUAUUCGACCAGAUCAUUACGACUUCUAGAAAGAGCCCGGCCGCGAGGAAUCGUUUCAUCUACUACCCAGACCAUCUCGUCAAAAUACCUACCCUUGAUUUAUCCUCGCCCUCCACUAGUAUAAACAGUAUCAUGAAUACAUUUCGAACACUUCGCUCCGAGCCAGUUUUUCAAAAUGUCAUGUCGAGCUUUAUUCUUGAGCCUACCAAGCCGCCGCGACCCCAUUCCGAAUGGCAAAAAGACGAGUCUAUCGCAAGCUUCAUUGGCCGCCGAUUUCACCCAAGCAUGGCAGAAAACCUGGUGUCAGCCGUCAUGCAUGGCAUCUACGCGGGAGAUAUUGAUCAAUUAAGUGCCCAGACUAUUCUAGGCUCCCUUCGCAACAUGGACGAUGGUGGUAUCUUGAGAGGCAUGCUUGAUUGCGCCAUUGAGAAGAAGACGCCCCUACAAAUGGAUGACAUGAUUGCCUGGUACGCAGUUCGCGGUCGUGCGGAUGAAGCCUCGGAAAAGACUCGAUCUCACAUGCGAAAUGUGCUGAAAGAGAGCUCUACCUUUACUCUGAAGGGAGGAACACAGCAGCUUGUCGAAAGCCUAGAGACGGCCUUGAAUAAGUCAGACAAAGUCAAGAUCAUGACCGGCACCGAUAUCAAAUCCAUGACACAGCAGGCAGGCCGCGACUCAAUACAGAUCCGAACCGCGGAAUCCACCGAAUCAUUUGACCAUGUCAUUGCUGCGCUUCCAGCACCUGCCUUGGGGAAGAUUUUGGAGUCAAAAGCAAAUUUGCCCCAUCAAAAGGCCCCGCCAUAUGAUACUAUCCACAAACUUCGAUCGCACAACUACGCUACGACUAUCAUGGUGAUCAACCUGUAUUAUCCGAACCCCAAUCUUCUCCCUGUCGAAGGAUUUGGUUAUCUGAUUCCUCGCUCCAUUCCCGCCGAGCAAAACCCCGAGUGCGGCCUAGGCGUCAUCUUCGCCUCUGCGUCCAGUUCCGGCACGAAUGCUUUAUACAGAGACAGAGAAGAAUCACAAGAUACCGCCCCAGGAACUAAGCUGACCAUCAUGAUGGGCGGCCAUUACUGGGAUGGCUGGAAGGACAGCGACUAUCCAGACCACGAUUCAGCCGUGAACAUGGCUCGCGCCAUGCUGGAGAGACACCUGGGCAUCACCGAAGCUCCCACGGUGGCGCGAACCCGUCUGCAGAAAGAUGCCGUUCCCCAGUAUACCGUUGGUCACCUUGACCGGAUAUAUUCGUUGUCCAAGGCCGUCCGCGACGACUUUAAUCGCCGACUCGUUCUCGCUGGGAAUUGGUAUUCCGGCGUCGGCGUCGGCGAUUGUGUGAGGUCGGGGAUGCUGGCCUCAUUACUCGGUACUGGUCAUUGGCACCUGGGCGACCGGCCCGCGGGGGAUCGCACGUGGGAACCUUGGAGGGAUUAUGAUUAUAAAGAUUGGGAGUUCGAAGGCGGGAUUCCUACGGCGCCGAUUCGGAUUUUCGACUUCCGUGUUGGAGAUUCAAAUCGUUGA